AUGAGUACAAAGAGGACAACAAACACUCCACCCCAACUAAUUGGAGGCGCCCCAUUCUAUCUAGGCCCUCAUCACCCUCCUUUGCCUGCUGCCAAGACUCUGCAUUACCCCUUACCAAAUGAUCGUCAUCUUAAACCAAAAUUAUUGAACAUUCACAUCGAAUAGAGUGCUCCAAUGAUAGUUUUCAGCGAUUUGGGAGUCGGAAUAGAAGACAUGGGAUGGGGAGGUUGGAAAGCUGAGGAAGGAGAAUUGGAUCCAUGGGACGAAGCUUUGCUAAAUGAUGAUGUGAAGAAAUUAGAGGAGUUGGACAAACAAGCAUCAUGA